UUGCCUUCGCCUGAACGCGCUGGCUGGAUCGGUUCGUACCCACAACUGAAAAUUUUUGCAGCAAUGACUCAGACAGUUCAGACCAAUGGGGUCCAACCCCUCAGUAAGACCUGGGAACUGAGUCUGUAUGAGCUACAGAGAACUCCACAGGAAGCAAUAACAGAUGGACUGGAGAUAGCAGUGUCGCCCAGGUCCUUGCACAGCGAACUAAUGUGUCCUAUCUGUCUGGACAUGCUGAAGAACACAAUGACAACUAAAGAAUGUCUGCACCGCUUCUGCGCUGAUUGUAUCAUCACAGCUUUGAGAUCUGGUAAUAAAGAGUGUCCCACCUGUCGUAAGAAGCUGGUGUCUAAGAGGUCGCUGCGCCCAGACCCGAACUUUGAUGCCCUGAUUAGUAAGAUUUAUCCCAGCCGUGACGAGUACGAAGCCCACCAGGAGAGAGUGUUGGCCCGCAUCAGCAAACACAACAACCAGCAAGCCCUGUCCCACAGCAUAGAGGAGGGGCUGAAGAUACAGGCUAUGACCAGACUGCAGCGUGGUAAGAGGCACACAGUGGAGAAUGGGAGCGGAGCUGAAGACAAUGGAGACUCCUCCCACUGUAGCAACGCUUCCGUCCACAGCAACCAGGAGGCAGGCCCGAGCAUCAAACGCACCAAGACAAGUGAUGACAGCGGUUUGGACAUGGAUAACGCUGCUGAGAAUGGGGGCGGGGACUCAGUGAUUGACGGUGGUGCAAGUGAAAUAGAGCUUGUGUUCAGGCCACAUCCCACCCUGAUGGAGAAGGACGACGGUCACAACAGUGUGGAGUUUGUCCCGCGCUACAUUAAGACGUCCGGUAACGCUACAGUGGAUCACCUGUCUAAAUACCUGGCCGUCCGAUUGGCUCUGGAAGAGCUGAGAAGAAACGCUGAGGCCAGUCCUGUUAAUGUGGAGGCAGCUUCAGAGAAACAGUACACCAUCUACAUACCAACUGCUGGAAACCAGUUCACUGUUCUGAAUGGUUCCUUCUCUCUGGAGCUGGUCAGCGAAAAGUACUGGAAGGUGAACAAACCCAUGGAGCUCUACUUUGCCCCUACUAAAGAACACAAGUAGACACAUGGAAACACACACACACAUACAUACACACACACACACACACACACACACACACACACACACACACACACACACACACACACACACACACACACACACACACACUCACUCACCAGUAAGAAGUAAACAGACGGACUUGGCUACACCUGCGCACACAGAAACAAGAGGAGAGGAAUGUGGGUGUCUGAAGGAGAUUAGGGGGGUUGGUGAAACCCUCAAAAGGACUCUUGUAAAAAGAAAAAACCUUGUUUUAUAUUCUCUGUAUCUUUCUGUGUCUCUUUCUAUCUUUCUCUCAGUAGAAGGUAGCAGAUCAGUACAGCAGCUAGCAGGUAAAUCACAGAUAACGGACUGUGAACAGUGAGUGUAGAUUCUCUCCAACUCAGAAAACCAGGGUCCAGUCACAGUCUGAAUUAGCAAUGUGCUGUUCUCCGAGUAAAGACAUUGUAUUAUACUGUAUUUGUCUUCAGCAAAGGCCCCUCUUCUGCCGUGUGGUCCUGGUCUGUCCCAGACGAAGGCCGACUACUUCCUGUUCCUGGAUCUCACUGUGAGACACGUCCCCCGCUGGUCGAUUAAGAGCGUUAGAGACCAAAACCACCUGUGUCAAACUUCUGAUAUUUAGGACCCACAUCUACAGAUUAACCAAUCACAAAACGACAUAAAGUAACGCUGCCUGCACAGGGCAAGGCCAUAGACACAUACACAUCGAAGCUGACACAUAUGGAAGCAAACACAGGCCAUAAAUUUAAAUGUUAUAAUCAACUGAAAACCGAAUAAUGAAAUUUAAAUCCCACUGAAUUUGAAGCGUUGAAAUAUUUGACUUUGAAAACCAUAUAUUUAAAUUUAUGUGGUUUGAAAUUCCCUCUUUCACAUUUUCAGAUUAUUUCAAGUUUUGUAAUUUUUUUCUGAAACUCAGUGUGUGGUUUGUAGCUGCUUGUCUGAAAGGAGAUUAAAUAGAUUCAGGCUCGACUGAUUGUCCUGGAUACCCUGAAUGUUUAAGUUCAGACCUUUCAUCAAUAAUUUUGAAUUUCCAGUCCAAACACUUGAUGUGUAGAAUGAGAAUAUUUUGAUCUGAAAUUGACCAAUUGAAUUUGAGCACUUUUAAUACCAAUAAUUUGUGUUUGAACAUUAGAUACAUAAAAAUUAGAUACUUGAAAUGAUCUGCUGGACAUUUGCCAGAAAUUCCACAUUCCUAGCCUUUAGAUUUCAGUUGCUUAUAAAAUUCAAAUUAUUGUGAUAUAGAUAUAUAUAUAAAGAUAUAUAGUGCUAUAGACAUUCCUGCAAAUAAACUGUAGUGUUCAAACAUACAGUUGCCUGUGUGAUGAAAGCAUGUCACACUGUGCCAGACGGGUCUAAUAUGUGCGUUCACAGUGAGGAACUUUUGACCAGCAGGGGGAAGUGCAGACACAUCCAUCACAUCUACAAUACACAGUGAUAUGAAGCUACGAAAGUUGAAGCAGGCAAAUUGGUGUUUUGUUUGUUUGUUUUCAAUAUUAUUGCAAGUGUUCUCUGAACUUUUUUUUUUUUUUUUUUUUUUUUUUUUUUUUGUUGACGUGUCUGUCGUCUUUCAAAUAAAACUAGAGAUUGGUGAAGGUUUAAACGGCUGCUGUCUACAAACUGAAUCACUCACAGGAAACGAGAGAAGCUGAUGAAUGGAGCUCUGGUGACUCUUUGACCACAUGAUAACAAUCCAGCUGCAGCAUCAGCAGGUUUGUGAGGAGUGCUGUAACAGGCUGAGGUGUAAAACCUGGACUGUGAGGAGAGUCUCGUAGCUGUUGUGUUGAUCUGUUGCCUGUAGGAACAAACUGUCUUUAUUCUCUGUGGCUGCUCGUUCUUUUAUAAAUGUCUUUUGUAACACG